AUGGCGGAAUCACUCCUUUCCGGCAUCGCACAGGGUGUGCUGGGGAAGAUAGCAUCCCUGGCGUUCCAAGAAGCCGUCGCAAUCUACGGCGUCGAAGAUCAGAUCCACGAGCUUAGAAAUACGUUGGCUGCCAUUAGGGCCGUGCUGUUAGAUGCUGAGGAGCGACAAGUGAAGAACCACCGCCUGGAACUGUGGCUACGUCGGCUUCAAGACGUGCUGUACGAUGCGGAGGAUGUGCUCGACGAACUCGAGUGUGAAGCCUUACGGAAGCGGGUAAUUAGACCGUACGGGGGCAUCAAAGAGAAGGUACACCGCUUCUUUUCCCCCUCUAAUCCACUAGUACUCCGUGCAAGCAUCAAUCAUAAGAUCAAGGAGAUUAGGGAGACAUUAUCUAAAAUUUCCGUCGAGAAGAAUCAAUUUGAUCUUACUGUGCGGAGUGUUGACAAUGGUGUGGUGAAUACGCAGUCGCGAGAGAUGACUUACGAUUUCAUAAACAACUUAGAUGUGGUCGGAAGACACGUAGAUAAACAAAAGCUAAUUGAGAUAUUGAUGCGGCCAAAUGAAAAAACCCUCUCGGUGAUUCCCAUUUAUGGAAUUGGAGGUUUGGGCAAGACGACCCUAGCUAAAUUAGUUUACAAUGACGAGAUCGUGAAAGAGCAAUUCAAGUCUCGACUAUGGGUGUGUGUUCCCGAGGACUUUGAUUUAAAGAAAACCAUAGAAGGAAUCAUCAAAGAUGCAACUGGUCAAACCUUGAGUAAUUUGGAUAUUCAGCAAUUGCAAACCUGUCUGCGAGACACCGUCAAAGAGAAGAAAUUUCUAUUGGUCCUGGAUGACGUAUGGAGCAACGACCGCUGUAGAUGGGAAGAAUUGAAAACUUUGCUAGCCGAAGGAGCUAGUGGAAGCAAGAUUGUUGUGACCACGCGCAGUUCAGGAGUUGCUUCUAUGAUGGGUACCCAUCCAGGUCAUAAUCUUAAAGGUCUUUCUGAUGAAGACUCCAUGGCCUUGUUCAAAAAAUGGGCUUUCGAUCAAAGGGAAAAGCAGCCACGUCCUGAUCUCCUUGAGAUUGGAAAUGACAUUGUGAAAAAAUGUCAAGGAGUCCCUUUCCUUGUGAAAACUUUGGGGAGCCUACUUUACACGAAGCAUGAAGUACGGUACUGGGCCCAUAUAAGAGAUAGCGAGACAUGGAAGUUAGUGGAAGAAAAAAAGGACAUUCUGUCGGUUCUUAAACUUAGCUAUGAUCAUUUGCCGUCCCACCUAAAACGCUGUUUUGCCACAUUAUCUCUUUUUGACAAAGCAUUUGAAUUCCGUGGCCCUGUGAUAGCUUGGUUAUGGAUAGCUUUAGGAUUCAUUAGCUCAACGGGGGAAGAACUAGCAUAUGAAGACGUUGGUGUUGAUUAUGUCAACGAGUUGUGGAAGAGAUCUUUGAUCCAACAAGUUGACGAGUUCGGCUUGGUGAUAUCUUUUAAAGUGCACGAUCUAAUCCAUUCUCUUGCAACAAUUGUGGCACAAAAUGAUUGCUCUAGUGUUGGCUUAGAUACAUCAGAGAUUUCAGAGCGAGUUCGGUGCGUUUCAUUCUUUAGCAGUGGGCUAGAGGGAAUCUCUAAUUUCGAUGGAGUCCCACCUUUUGUAAGAAAGCCCACUUCAAAGAAGCUGCGUGCAAUUAUAUUUCCCUAUGACAUUGAUGAUGGAGUUAUUACUGGAGAGUUUGUUAGAGCGUGCAUCUCCAAGUGCAACUACUUACGGUAUCUAGAUUUGAUGAGUGGCAGUUUUGAGGAGCUGCCGAGUUCCAUAAGCAACUUGAAGCACUUAAGGACGUUAUUUCUCAAUGAUAACAAGCGAUUGAAGAAGCUUCCAAACACCAUUUGUGAGCUGCAGAGUUUGCAACACUUACGCCUCGAUGGUUGCUCAGAGCUAAACAAUUUACCCAAAAAUAUGAAGAGGCUCAUCAGCCUCAGAUUUCUAUCCAUAACAACAAAGCAGAAGAGUCUGCAAGAAAGUGGAAUACAAUAUCUGGAAAAUCUGCAAGUUUUGGGACUCGACGAAUGCCAAAAUCUGGAACCCUAG